AUGAACAAAACAAUAACGACCAAGUAUUACUGCCAUCGUUCUGGAGUAUUCAAAUCCAAAGGGAAAGGAGAAUGUGCAUUGAAGAUCACUGGAUCUUGUAAAAUUGAUCAAUGCUGCCCUUUCUUUAUAAGAACCGUUGCUGGACUGAUCAAUAUAGAUGGCACAUAUUGUAAGACUCACUUUGGGCACCAAAACGAAAUUAGAUAUCUUCCUAUUCCGACUAUUGUUCAAGAAACAAUUGCUGGUAUACCUAUAUUUAUAUUUGAGAUUUGCUCUUACUAG